UUCGGAGCGACUGACCACGCGAACUCUUGUUUGAGGCAAAGGAGGUUAUUAAGACAUCGUCUGGCAAUUAAUAAAGUUGGGGAGGCAUAUGGGAGCAACUGUUUUGAGAAAUGUUGCUGAUUGUCUGUUUCCUUUUUCUCUUCCAUCAACGAUUGACCUACGCUAUAUGUCGUAAAGCUGGUGAUGCGGGUAUAGCUGACUCUUCUCCUACCUCGGAAAUCAACGUUUUGGAAUUCAAGGAUGAAGAAGUGCUUCCUACGGGCAACAGAGCCACAAUUAUUUGCAGAAGCAAUUGUUCGACGAAUGCUUGCCCCAAACAUUUACAGCCAUAUCGGAUUAUUCUUUCUUUUAAUGGAACAUUAAAAAAAUCGUGUGGUGGCCACCUCCAGAGUCAUUACGAAAGGUCAAAAACAUGCUCUUACCUCAUCCACAAUACUACUGAAGGUGAUUCUGGAGACUACGUAUGCAGGACCUACAGUCAUUAUGGCUGCACAUUGGAUACACUAAGAUUAGUUUUCAAAGAGCCAUCACCACCACGUUUUCUUAUUAAGAAUCCUCACCAACUCAGCGUACCAAACGGAGGUAAUACAACUCUGACCUGUACUGCGACUGGCAUUCCCCUCCCAGUCAUUACGUGGUAUAAGAAUGGUCAUCCUGUCCUAAGGUCAUCAGUGACAGAAUUCAAAGGUUACUCGCAGUUACGAUUGCAGGGUGCUGGUGUUAGUGAUCAAGGGGAGUACUGGUGCGAGGCAAACAGCACAGAGGGAUGGGACAGAACCUCCUUAACGACUUUGAACGUCCUAUGGAAACCAGUUUUCUUUACUCAUCCUCAAAGACACAUUGCCCACCUUAACAGAGAUGGCUUUGCCGUGGUGACCCUCUCGUGUAAAGCAAAAGGCUUUCCUAGUCCUGUGAUCAGCUGGUUGCAGAACAACUCGUCUUCGACGCUGGAUGCUACCACUACUCAGAAGGGAAGUAAAUCCUCACUCACUGUUGUUUUUAAGAAGGAAACAGAACAACCCUUGAAAUAUCGUUGCCUGGCAAUGAAUUCAAUGGGCAAGACUCUGUCCAAGGAGGGGGAAGUAACCAUAAUAGCAACUGCUCGACAAAAUCUUCCUGUUUCAGAUGACAAAUCAUCUUCGUCUCUUAGCAUUUCUGAAGCCGUGUGGAUUUCGAUUCCUGUCGGCAUAGUUUUUGUAACCAUCAACUCAAUACUACUUUUUGUUUUCUACAAGAAGUUUAACGGACCUACCGCUGCAAGAAACCAAAUGAAUUAUACUCAGCGAUUUCCAAACCUGCAAAUGCAUGCCAUAGCCAUGAGCACACGGCGAGAGGAACAAACAACACCACGUUACGAGAUGACACAGACGGUGUAAAUGACAAGGUGAAACCAAAGUCUUGAAAGUGAGCGAUGAUAAUAAGUUUUUGACUCAGAGCUGUUCGCAUUUGAGCAAAAAUGAACCCGAAGUCUUGAAAGUGAUGUAAAAAAGAGUGAGGAUAAAGAGGAUUUAACUCAAAGCUGUUUGAAUUUAAGCAAAAAUGAUAUCAUCAAAAAGGUCUUUUUUUUAUCCUGAUCGCAGAACUAUACUGGAUAUCAAAUCCCGAUGCUGUGCUUAGCGUCGUCAAAGAGUGAGUUGAGUUGAUUGCGAGGUUUCGUUUUCCGGUUGAGAGAAGUCUUGAAAGGGACUGGCGCCGGUAAUAUUUCCUCACAUUUCAACAACCUAAGCGGAGGUCAGUUUUCAGGACUAUUGCCACCCAAACGAUCGCAGUAACAGAUGUUGUGUUAUUGACAGACAGUUGUUGAAACACCUCGUCUCACCUCUUUCAUUUUCUCUUUCAUAUCAAACGCAUAAGAAACAUAAUUUCAUUACGUAAGUAGCUUCAAGAUUAUAAGUUAAUUUUUAAGUUCAACUGAUCGUAAACAUAGGUUGUAUUGUUGAUGUCUGAGUUGUUCCCCAUGAAAGCCUUUGCUUUCUGCUUUCCUCAAUAAGCAUUAUUAUAAUUGAGCGAGUAUUGUAAGGAACUAAAAACUACAAAAAAAAUAUCAUUUGUAAAGUCAUUUUCAACCAAUUAUAAGGGCGUUGCUACAAUACUUUGGCAAUCCCAUUCGUAUCUG